AUGACAACUCAUGGAUAUACUGAUCCCUCAAAGGCAUCAGAAGCCUUAGGCAAUCUGGAGUCUAAGAUGGAAGAGAUGGAAAAAAGCAAUAAAAGCAAUGCAAUGAUUGUCACAGAGGAUGGUGUUGGUUUUCUUCAUGUACAAGCCAAGAACAGAGAAACCAAAGACAUAAAUAUAUGCUACUCUUCAGAUCAUGCCACGGUUGUUGAGAGUCAAAGUGACCUGAUUACUAACUGUCCCUGGUUAACAAAAAUUUCCAAGGAGGCUUUUGAUAAAUCACGUCUUGAAAACAAUGGAACUGCAUUUGUUGGAGUUCUACGGUUCAAAAACUUGAGAUAUAAGAAUGAAACUGAAAUUCACACUGUUUUGAACAAUGAGGUUUAUGGAAUAACGAUGAGGGCCAAAAUCUCCAACCUUACCAACAAUAUUGACAUGUUCUUCAAACAUAAAGAUCUGACCGGUAAGGCGUCCUGUGUUUCUUGGGAUGGCAAAGGAAAACUUAAUUGGACAGCAUUUGGCUGUAAGACAGAAAUCAUCAACAACACCAUAAAGUGCUCCUGCUCACAUCUGACGUUCUUUGCAGUGCUGAUGAUCCCUCAGUCAGAUGCAAACAUCACAGCACCACAUCUGGAAUCACUGACUUUAAUCUCUUCUAUCGGCUGCGGCAUCUCCAUGUUUUUUAUGACCGUCGCUUUAUUCAUGCAUUUCCUGCUACGGAAAGCCAAAUCAAAUCAGGCCACGAAGAUCUUGAUGAACAUGUUUGUGGCUUUGUGUCUACUGAAUGCCUCGUUUUUGUCAAACGAGAGCGUCGCUAACACACAAGACAACACUGCGUGCGUCUUCAUAGCGCUGCUCCUGCAUUACUCCAUGCUGGCCUCAUUCACCUGGUUCUUCAUUCAAGCUCUUCAUAUGUACUUAUGGCUCAUCAGACAGAACGUCACCAUCACAAACUACAUGAGGAAGAUCACCGUGUUGGGCUGGGUGUGUCCCGCUCCAAUAGUCUUAGUUAUCGUUUCUGUAGGAGGAUAUGAAGCUGUGAUCCUAAACACAACAUCUGAGAAAAUCACACGAAUGUGCUGGAUUACAAAUCCUUACAUUCACUACAUAGUGAACAUCGGCUACUAUGCUUUAGUUUUCGUCUUCACGACAGGAGUCUUCAUCAUGAUCGUCACUAAGGUCGUUCAGGCCAGAAACAUAAGAUCGACUGACGACAAGAGAAAGACGUUCAGAAAGCAGCUGAUGAUGGUGUUGAGUUUGUUCCUGCUCUUCGGUCUGACGUGGUCUGUGGCGUUCUUCAGUUAUGGACCGAUGCUCAUUCCCUCAUAUUACAUAUUCACUGUGUUGAACUCAUUACAGGGGUUUUUUCUCUUCCUGUAUUACUACCACAUUCACAAUGACAUUGCGGGUAAUUUCUCAGAUGAUCCAGAAAGCACCGACUCCGCUGUUUAA